UCCCUGGGCUGUCGCAUCCCAUCCCCGAGAGCCCAGGCAGCUCGGGCCAGCACCAUGGAUAAUCGUCAGCCCUUUGGGCUGCUGCUUCUGCAGCUGCUCCUGGUGGACGCCGCGGGCAACGCUGCUCCAAGUCCGCCUGGAAAAGAUGCGGAGAUCUGCCUCCUACCCCGGGACGUGGGACCCUGCAAGGCCCUGUUGCCCAGGUACUACUACGACAGGUACCUCCAGAAGUGCCGCCCGUUCAUGUAUGGAGGCUGCCGGGGUAACCCCAACAAUUUCAAAACUCCAGGCUCCUGUGAAGAAGCUUGCUCGAGGAUCGAACAUGUUCCUCGUAUUUGCCGGUUGGAACUCCGUGAGUAUCAGUGUCACUCACGCAAAGAACAGUAUGUCUUCAAUCUAAGAACCAUGACAUGUGAAAAACUCAAGCCUGGUAGGUGUAACCAGAACAGGAACCGAUUCCCUGAUAAAGCUUCUUGUAGAAAAUUCUGUACCCCAAAUAAAGGUCCAUCAUUUUGCUACAGCCCAAAAGAUGAAGGCUUGUGCUCGGCUAAUGUGACUCGUUAUUAUUUUAAUGCAAGUCAAAACAUCUGUGAGGCCUUUUCUUAUACAGGCUGUGGUGGGAAUCAUAAUAACUUUGUUUACCUGAAGGAUUGCAACCGUGUUUGUGCAAAAGGUAGUAAAAAUUUUCCUAUCCAGUUAUGAAGCAAGCCCUAAAAA